AUGGCAAUGAAGCUGGCAAUGAGGUGCCUCUUGGCACUGCUCUUGGUCCAGGGAAGCGUCAGCUUCCGCAAGAAGGCAGACAAGGGCCUGCGGGGCCUGCCGAAGCAGCCGAAGGCGCUGCUGGAGGAGCUGGAGUUGCUGCUCGGGGAGGAGCAGAAAGAGGUCGCUGAACGUUUGCAAGACUUCGAAGACGACCUCCGCGUGACCUUCAAGGCGCUUCCGAAGAACUCCCGGGGCGGCUUGGAGGCACCGUCCGCGCGCUACGCGCUGCACAGGCUCUUCAACCAGCGCUACGGUUGGCAAAUCAAAGGCCUCGAGACUACCGGAGGCCUUUCGGCGGAGGGUUUCGGGGAUGAGGCGCCGAAACAGACGAAGCUGAGCUCUGGAGCCCGCUAG